GAGGAGGCUUCAUAGACUGUGUGUACAAACAGGAGGAGGAAGGAGCAGGAAUGGGGAUGUGACAACCAGAGGAGGCUAAAUGAUGAUGUUUACCCGCCGUCCAUUCAUUCCCUCCCGCUGAGUGACCCGUCGCCUGUGGCCGCCCGCCGGUCUGAGAGGAGGUGACAGUCAGGUGCAGACAUGCCCGUGUCCCUGCUGUGGGCAGUGGACGUGUACGGGCGGGUCUACAGCCUGUCCACGGCGGGCCAGCAGUGGGAGCUUUGCCGCGAUGCCCAGUUGGAGUUCAAGCGGGUGACGGCGGCUCAACAGUGCUGCUGGGGAAUCGCCUGUGACAACAACGUGUACCUGAACGUCCACGCCUCCGACCUGCCCGUCCGCUACCAGGAGCAGACGUACGAGAAUCAACGAUGGAAUCCGGUCGACGGCUUCUCGGAACGUUUGCUGCCGAGCGACCGCUGGCAGUGGAGCGACGUCACGGGUCUGCAGCACCAACCUCUGGACAGCUUCCGACUUACCUCCAGCAGCUGGGAGUGGGAGGGCGACUGGUACCUGGAUGAGAACUUUGAGGGAGAGCCCACAGACAAAGGGGGUUGGACCUACUCCAUAGACUUCCCCGCCGCCUACACCAGAGACAAAAAGUGGAACUCCUGUGUCCGUCGCAGGCGAUGGCUCCGCUACAGACGAUACAAAGCCAUGGACACCUGGGCCAAGAUCCCCUCGCAGCAGACAAAUCUACCAGAUCCCUUCAGCGACAUCAGCUGCGGAGGCUGGGAUAUCAACGAGGAGCCCAGGGGCCGCCUGUCACUGUGGGCCGUGUCCCUGCAGGGCAAGGUUUGGUUCAGAGAAGGAAUCUAUCAUCAAAAUCCCGAGGGCUCUUUGUGGGAGGAGGUGUCUCUCCCUGGCGAGGUAGUCCAGGUCAGCUGUGGCCCAGGGGACCUGGUCUGGGCGGUGCUGUGGGAGGGGCAGCUCAUUGUCAGGGAAGGCAUUAGUCGAGAUUAUCCCAAAGGUUCCUCCUGGGUGAUGGUGGACUCUCCCAGUCCGGAUGUAGGAGCCACACAUGUAGCUGUGGGAAACAAUGUCGUUUGGGUUUUGACCAAAGACAACAAAGUGUGGUUCCGACGUGGUGUGAACUCUCACAACCCGUGUGGCUCAGGCUGGAUCAGCAUGAUUGGAGAAAUGAUCAUGAUCAACGUAGGACUCAAUGACCAGGUGUGGGGAAUCAGUUGUGAUGACCGGGCGGUGCACUUCAGACAGGGUGUGACCUCCAGUGAACUGAGUGGGAAAACCUGGAAGGUUAUCGGUGUUCCCCGAGAUGGAGAACGGUCCCACUCCAGUGCCAGUGCGAGCAGCCUGCAGAGUGCUGGAUGUUACUUCCGUGGUGAGGUGCGUGCUCAGUCUGUAGCCAGUGAUGUUGAACCAGACACAGAGAAAGGAUCUACAGAUGGAGCCACCGGAUUGAUCUCAUCUGACCUCCCAGAGUCAUUUAAUGUCUCUUCUGACCAACCCUCUGACCAACCCUCUGACCACACCUCUGACCACACCUCUGACCAACCCUCUGACCACACCUCUGACCACACCUCUGACCACACCUCUGACCAGCCCUCUGACACCCCCAAACCCUGCAUCCCCAAAGUCACCAGUGACAGCUUCAUCUCGGAACUCGUCUCUGAUCGAGAGCCCGCAAAGACCUCAAAAGAUGUUGCAUCUGCUGCUCCUGCUGUUCUGGAAGAGGAGAACAUCUCUGGAGACUCAGAGUUCCCAGCAACUGUUUUCCCGAGUCAGUCUGGAGGUCCUGUCAACCCCCAGUGGAGUAACGUGGACCUGGAGGAGACGCAGGUUCAGCAGGCCCAGACGGGAGCAGUGAUGGAAUCCUCAGACACUUGCAGCUUGUCCUCUGUGGCUACAUACACCCUUGCCAUUGAGGACCCCUAUGGGGUAGAUGAGCACCCCCUGUGGGCCUGGGUCAGUGGAGGAGGCUGCUCUGUGGACAGUCAUUCCCAACUCAGCUGGUUUAACUGCCCUGGGAAUUCUUCAGGUUUGGUUCAGUCAAUCCAGUCCAUGAGUCUGUCUGUAACUCCAGCUCAGACGGCUACCUGGAAGAGACAGAUCUUUGAGCAACUUAAUGAGAGGACCAAGAGAGAGAUGGACAAUUUCAGACAUUAUGAACAAGCCAUAGAACAGUCUGUGUGGGUGAAGAAGGGAACCAUGCAGUGGUGGAGAGACUGGAAGCCACACAAGUGGAUAGACAUCCAAUUUGCCUUAGAGCAGUUCUCAGGACCAGAUGGCAGCAAGGAUGGCAUCAUGUUCAUCUAUUACAACUUCAAUGAGGAGAAGAAGUACCUUCACGCCUUCAUCAACGAGAUCACCAUCCUGGUUCCUGUGCUGAAUGACUCCAAACACACUUUUGCCAUCUACACUCCUGAGCGGACCAAACAGAGGUGGCCGAUCCGAGUGGCAGCUGGCACAGAGCUGGAAAUGCACGACUGGCUGGCAUUGUUGAGUGUGUCAUCCUGCGACUCCAGGAGAAUCGAGGGUCCUCCCUCCAAACACGCCAUCUGGUCCAUCACCUGUAAAGGAGACAUCUUUGUCUGCGAGCCCACUCCUGGUCUGGAGGCCGUGCCUUACCCCACACCCUGCGACCAGAUGUUCUGGCGGCAGGUCGGAGGUCACCUGCGCUCGGUGGAGUGUAACACUGUUGGGAUAGUGUGGGGGAUUGGCUAUGACCACACUGCCUGGGUCUACAGCGGUGGCUACGGAGGCGGCUUCUUCCAGGGACUGGCCAGCAGCACAGAUAACAUUUACACACAGACCGAUGUCAAGAGUGUCUACAUCUACGAGAACCAGAGGUGGAACCCAGUCUCGGGCUACACCAGCAGAGGUUUACCUACGGACCGCUACAUGUGGAGUGAUGCAUCAGGACUCCAUGAGUGCACCAAAACAAACACUAAGCCUCCCUCUCCACAGUGGACAUGGGUUUCUGACUGGGCCAUCGACUACAGUGUCUCUGGAGGGACAGACAGAGAAGGCUGGCAAUUUGCAGCUGACUUUCCAGCGUCAUAUCAUGGCUACAAAACGAUGAAGGACUUUGUCCGUCGCAGGCGAUGGAGCAGGAAGUGUAAAUUGACCACUACUGGACCCUGGCAAGAAAUCCCCCCCAUCCCACUGAGUGACGUGACCAUUCUGCCGUGUGCCACUCAGAGCAGCGUGGACGUGGUUCCCCUGUGGGCCAUCAGCAACAAGGGAGACGUGCUUUGCCGACUGGGAGUCACUGCACUGACGCCUGCUGGAUCCUCGUGGCUCCACGUGGGAACUGACCAGCCUUUCAAGUCCAUUACCAUCGGUGCUGUCAGCCAAGUCUGGGCCAUUGCAAAGGACGGUUCAGCUUUUUAUAGAGGAUCAGUGUCUCCUCAGAGUCCUGCAGGAGACUCUUGGUUCCACAUCCCCUCCCCAGCCAAACAGAAGCUGAAGCAGGUCUCUGUAGGGAGGACAUCAGUCCACGCUGUAGAUGAAAACAGUAACUUGUGGUACAGGCAGGGUGUGACUCCCAGCUACCCUCAGGGCUCCUCCUGGGAUCACAUCUCUAAUAAUGUACGCAAAGUCUCCGUUGGGCCUCUGGACCAGGUGUGGAUCAUAGCGGACAAGGUGCAGGGCAGCCACGGCCUGAGCUGUGGGACAGUGUGCCAUCGACUCGAGGUGCAACCCAUGGACCCUAAAGGACAGUCGUGGGACUACGGCAUUGGGGGUGGAUGGGAUCACAUCACGGUGAGAGGAAACUCCCUGGAAGAGUCACGCGGCUGUCUUCCCUCUCUAACAAGCGAGUCCUCCCCCGCCCCUCAGAGCCCCCCCCUGGUCGGGAGCCUGGAGGUCAACGGCAAUCCUCAUGGAUGCGAGAUACACACAUAAACUCACGGGCGCACACAAAACUGUAUGUAGACGUCCUAAACCCUGUCCCCUGUGUCGUGAAUUUCUGUUCAAACCCACUUCUACAUGUAACGCUGAGGUAGCAGCAGUGACGGUUCAACCUCCACAGAACAGCCUUCGGUCUUCACGUCACAUGUGUCAGUAAAACAGAAAGUUUUGAUUCUUGGCAUAUUCAAUGACCUCUGAUAACGUGGAUGCAGAAACGAUUCCCUCUGCAGACGUCCUUCAGUCCUGAAUAAUCAUUGUAAAAAGCGUUCAUGUCCUCUGUACAUUUCUGUGUAAUUUCUUUGGGCCACUGCUUGUUUUUUGCUCUCUGACGCUGAACUCAAUGGUCUUAACACGUUUAUUUUCUUAUUUAUUCAUCAUAAUGAGAUGUUUGAGGGGUCUCUGGGAGGGUGAGGCUUUUUAGAAUAUAUUGUAUAAGGUCAUAUAGAAAUGUAAAUGUAAACAUUAGUGUGCAGUAAUUACAGUUGGUAUUGAACUGAUAGCUCGAGGGCUGGUAUUGUGUACAAUGUAAAAAAAACCAAACAUGUUUCAUCCUAGUCUGCAGGCAACAGGUCAAUAACACAAGGUGAAACAGUGUAAAUCAGAUUCCUCUGUGAUCACUGGAUGAAACAGGCAAUGUGUGAUCCAGGCUGCUUCUAUUGUCACACACACACCGCUGCAACACUUCAUUCCAGUGUGUGUGCGUGUGUGUGUGUCACCCACAGGUUUCUGAAGGGACUUUGUGUAGUCUACAUUUAGGGUAACUGCAUGCUACAGUCCUGCUUGUUGGGCCAGAGGAAACCACCAUGACUCAGUGAGACAAUCGGAGACACCACUAAAAGCAGUUUAUUAGUCUCUUUUAAUAGUAAAAGAUAGAGUCUAAUAACUUAUAAUCUAACAUGUGAUUGAAAAAAUAUUUAGACUUUCAACUUGAAAGUUUUGUUUUCAGUUGGAGUCCUUUCUGGAGCCUGUAUGUAGCAGCUGUGACAAGCUCUGUAGUAGAUUAAUUUACCUGUGGUGGUCGCUGAUUGGCUUGUACACUUUACUAGUGAUCCGUUUGUCCAUUAGCAUUACAAAACCUACUGAACCCAUUUUCUUGAAACUUGAUAGACAGGUGGGAUAUGAGUCGAGAAAGAUGUUUUGGAGCAGAUUCUGUUAAGAAAACAGACUCAUGAUUUUUUUGUUUUCACUUUCUGUAACAUUGUGAGCUUUUUUUCAUAAUUUCUGUGUAUUUCUCAAAAAAUAAUGAUCUU